UCAACUCUUGCUUACAGAAUUCGCCAUUGGUGAUGAUGAUGUUGAAUUUAGAGGUGUCCACCCCACUUGUCUUGUGUUUUCUCCCAGCCCUGUUUCUUUUCGUCUUGGUCAAGUUCAAUGCAUUACUCUUUUCUUCUUCCUCUAAGAAUCCUAAGCUUCCCAGAUCAUAUCCCUUCAUUGGCUCCAUUUUCGCCAUUUACGCUAACAGGGAACGAGGUAUUCAAUGGACCUCUGAAUUGGCUUUAGCUUCCCCGUCGAAAACCGUCGUCAUCCACCGUCCCGUCUUCCGACAAAUUGUGGUAACCGCCAAUCCGGCUAAUGUCCGUCAUAUCCUGAUAACCCACUUCCAUAACUACGAAAAAGGCGACUUCUUCAACGUGGUUAUGAGAGACCUCCUCGGAGAUGGAAUCUUCAACACGGACGGCGAGAAAUGGAAGUUCCAGAGGCAGGUGGCCAGUCACGAAUUCAACACCAAAUCCCUCAGGAAAUUCAUCGAGCAAGUGGUUGAUUCCGAACUCUCCGAUCGUCUCAUCCCCAUUCUCUCCGUCGCCGCCAACAACAACACCGUCAUCGACUUCCAGGACAUUCUGCAGCGAUUCACGUUCGACAAUGUCUGUAAAAUCGCCUUCGGAUCCGACCCGGCUUACCUCUCCCCUUCUCUCCCCAGCGAGAAAUUCGCCCAAGCCUUCGAAGACGCUGUUCGAAUCAGCGGCCAGAGAUUCCAAUCGUUCCAUCCACUGGUCUGGAAAAUCAAGAGAUAUCUCAACGUUGGAUCGGAGAAGGACCUCCGGAUUGCAGUCAAUCAGGUAGGUAUUUGUUUACAUUAUAUGAUAAUAAUAAUAAUAAUAAUCAAUUCAUUCAUGAAUGUUGCCCGCCCGCAGAUACGAGAUUUCGCGAAAAACGUGAUGAAAGAAAAGAAAAAAGAAUUAGAAGAAAAUGCUUCGCUAAACUCUGUAGAUCUUCUGUCUAGAUUCUUAAGUUCUGGGCAUUCGGAGGAAAACUUUGUAACGGACAUAGUCAUCAGCUUCAUCUUAGCCGGUCGAGACACUACAUCAGCUGCUCUGGUAUGGUUCUUCUGGCUCGUCUCCAGACAUGAACGUGUUGAAACCCAGAUUCUAAGUGAGAUUACUGAUAAAUCUGAAUCGAAAAUGUACGAUCAAGCUAAAGAAAUGGUCUACACACACGCUGCUAUCAGCGAAAGCAUGAGGUUGUACCCGCCGGUGCCCGUAGACGGGAAGCAGGCGGUGGAUGAUGAUAUUCUGCCAGAUGGGACCGUGGUGAAAAGAGGGACGCAGGUAAAUUAUCACCCAUUCGCGAUGGGGAGAUCGGAGGAGAUUUGGGGGAAAGAUUGGCCGGAGUUUCGUCCUGAACGGUGGCUCAAGGAAGAUCGGGUCACCGGGGGAAGACAAUUCGUGGCAAAGGAUGCUUACGAGUAUCCUGUGUUUCAAGCAGGCCCCAGGAUUUGUCUUGGGAAGGAGAUGGCGGUUCUGCAGAUGAAGUCCAUUGCCUCCGGCGUAUUACGCCGGUUUAAGGUGGUUCCGGUACUGAUGGAGAACAACAAGGACCCGGUUUUUAUAUCUUAUCUGACGUCCAAGAUGAAAGGAGGCUUUCCUGUGAGAAUUGAAGAACGCAAGAUUUAGAGUAAGUAAUAAUAAAGGAGUGUAAAGAUAACUUUAGAAAUUAUUUUCUAAAUUUAUCAUAAG